UAUGGUAAUGCUACAGACCAAAAAGAUGGCGGCCCUUACCAGCUGUGUGUGAAGGGCCGUGUGUGAAGGUACCUUCUUCCUAGAAGGUAGAAAGAAUGCAGUCCUAUGCUGGAAAUAGAUCAAACAACUCCCACUAACAGUUCAAAAUGGAGGAAAAUGAAAUGGGAUUACCACCGUUGAUAUAUGACGCUCCUUCUCCAUUCAACACGGCGUUGGCUCGAGGUCUGUACGGAGUGGCGGCACCCGUUAUAGUUAUACUUACCAUUCUGAAUAACAUCAUGGUAGUCAUCACAAUGCACUCGGACCUUCCUAAAAGAGGCUCGGCGUCUCGUAUACAGCAUACUGCUAUUGCUUGUAGCAAUUCCCUCCUCGGCAUCGUCCAGCUUCCUGUCCAUUUCUACUUCUUUGCUGCUCCAAGUUUUCCCGCCUACAUAUCCAAACCGUGGUGCGGAGCAUUCAGGAUAUUAGGAUUUGUACUUCCACAUAUAUUUCAUACCAUCUCCUUGUGGCAAUUCAUUGGUCUUUCCGUACAGAGAUAUUUGGUAUUUAGGUUUCCGUUUUCCUGUGUGACCUGGUACAACAUUGACAACAUGACAAAGCUAGUGAAAAUCCUUACAUUCGCUGGUUUUAUAGUUAACAUUCCCAAACUCUUCGACUUUGAAAUAAUUGAUUUUGAUGAAAACAUGAUAUUGAAUAAUGCUACCUUCGUUAUCGGGAAGACUCUGUCGUGCAGAGCGGAGUAUCGUUUUAUCAAUGGUAGAAAUGUUUAUGCAUUGUUUUCCAGUUGGUUUGUGGCAAUAACUGUCCACAUCGUCCCGUGUACCACGCUUACUACAGUGUACAUACUGCUCAUAUCCGCUAUCUAUAAAAACAAUACCAGACGUCAAAAUCUGUCCAGAAACAGCAGGACAGGACGACGCCAAGCCAGGAACCAAACCAUCAAAGAAUGCAGUGUCCUUGUCAUGAUGACCACGUGUCUCGUUGUUGAAAUACCAUCAGCAAUCGUGCGGGUUAAACAGCUCACCUUUACCAAGCGUGACGUCACUUCCGGUGGAGGUGAAGAAAUCAUUCUCACACAUUUCUUUCUUCUGUUAAGUUACUAUUUUUAUGUGUACAUCUACCUUAUUAUGAAUCGUGAUUUCCGUACCACUUUCUUGUCAAUUUUACGGAAAUUGCGACCAAUACCACAACCCGACGCCACAGAACUACAGGUUAUAAGGAGAGCGGUAUGAACGCUCUUUUUACAUGCGUAUUGCUUAUAGGUUGUAAAAGGAGAGGGGAAAUUCAAUGACCAGACAGGGAUUACAACUUGGAACCUUCGAACGCUAGACGGACGCUAUAAGUGUACAUGUAUACGGGAAGUAGAAA